AUGCCUUCAUUUGCAGCAGGGAAGCAUCGACAGCCAUUUCCACCGCUUUUCACGACCAUUCAUUAUGUCGAUUCUACAAGCCUCGCCGCCGGCGGUGAUUUUAGCCGGACCCCCACGGCACUGAAGGACAUGGCACAAGGCACCCGUGACUGGCCAUCCGGGGGCGCCGCAAAGAUCUUGCGCAGCGACGAAGCACGCGCAACUAUUAGCAAGGUCAAGAGAGCCUUCGACGUUCGGCCCAAGGGCCAGCCGGGAGAAGUCUGGGAAAACCGCCACUAUUAUUGUCUGGACCACCUGGUCCACCCGAACAACAAAGGUGACGACGGCAAUGACGACGAUGGUGGUGACGGCGACGACUCUACCGACGGCGCCGCAGGAAAGAAAGGCAAGUGCAAAGCCAAGGCUACGCCAAAGAAGGGAUUCUUUAAGCACACGGCCGCCAACGAAGGGCAAGGGAAAGGCCAAGGCCGCCGCCAAGGCAACACCCGUCAAGAAAAGGGGAAAGGGCAAGGCCGUCGCACGUACCCCUAUCACGCCCAGCCGGACCCAUGCGGCUUUCUCGACCCGCUGGCUGCGACCAGGACCGGCAGCAGGAGCACGACCGCCCGCCUGGGGCCAGACACUGGUUCGUGCAAGCACCACAAGCUCAUAAGGGACUAUGAAGAUAGACAACAACACGUCACCCGAGCGCCCGCCGCAUGUUUCCUGCCUGGCUACAGGUUGAGUUUAGCCGCCUGGCCCCUCAAUCUCACGAUGGUCAAGUGGGAGGAGAUCCAUCUCCUCUCGGAUCUCCUCCCACCGCAAUACAAGUUCAAGGGAGAGUUCAACCGUCUGAGCCUAAAAACGGGCAUAUCGCCUGCUCAUUCAUCAACAAAUCGUGGAGAUCAUGCAGUGUUCUCUACCUGCCUGCGGGGAGAGGUCAACUGCCUGAACUGUCUUUGGGCAUAUCGCCCGCGGGAGGAGAUCCGCGAGGAUCUGUUUGAGGCGGUGAUGCAAGUUCAAGGUCCUCUGACCAAGGAACAGCAUCAGCAAAUUGUCGAGAUCAUGCAAGCAGGCAAGCAGGCAAGCAGGUAA